CACCACAAGGUUGCUGCCAUCCGCCAUUAAACCAGAGAAGAAGAAGAAGGAGGCGCCGCCGUUCUAUCAGGAGUAUAUUUUGGUUUCUGGUGAAAAAGGCUUGGAGCACGAAGCUAUUAUACGUAUUGAUGUAUAUGCCGCAUCUUUUACAACCUGAGCAAUUUUGUUCGACGGCUUGGUGAAGAAAUAUUGGGUCCCUUGUUUGCCUAGCAACUGACUGCUCGGUUGGUCGUGAGGACGCGCAGGACCGGCGCCUUUCUGGCUUGUCCUUUUGCUUUGAUAUAGGAUAAUACAUCAGGUCGACUGGAGAACGUCCCGUAUAUCAACAGAUCUCGCCCACUGGAAUUUUACGAUGGAAGGCCCCCAAAAAAGAUGUCCAGCCUGUAACAUGAUUCUUUGAUUUUGGACAUCCUGAAACAGCAUCUCCUCAUCCAUCUUGUCAACAAGUGUGACUGAUUUGCUGACUAUGGGCAGAGUGCAGAGGAGUUUCCCCCCCAUGACGUCCUCAGAUCCUGAAUGUACAGAAAUUGCCGAAGUCAUUGUUGGCAACAAUGAAGACUAGGUCAUGGUGCCAUAAGCUUGGAAUACUUGCCACUCCAGCGUCAUGUGCUCACUGCUGAUGAUGCCCACUCCCUCUCGGGACGGGUACACACCUCUGCUGCUCCCAAUCUGCUGGCAGGGAACAUCGACACUGGUCUCUGCUGUCUCAUUAUGGGUCACCUGAAGUUUUCCACAACGUCCAGAGAGAACAUCCUCAUGGCAAACAAUUCUCUGGGCUUCCAGGUUCCUCCAACUCAUGCGAAGCCAACAGUGGUGUCCCCAGAGAGCCUUAACGGCAUUAGUCUAUCCCUGCGGGUGUUCUUCUGCUUUGUUAUGGUUGCCAUUUUGUUGUUCGCCCUGUUGGGGAACAUGGUUGUUUGCCUGAUGGUCUACCAGAGAUCUGCUAUGCGCUCGGCUAUUAACCUCCUUUUAGCGAGCCUGGCGUUUGCGGACAUGAUGCUUGCCAUUCUUAACAUGCCAUUCACACUGGUUGCUGUCAUGACUACCAACUGGAUUUUUGGAGAGGUUUUUUGUCACGUUUCAGCUAUGUUGUUUUGGUUCUUUGUGAUGGAAGGAGUGGCUAUUCUGCUUAUAAUAAUCAUAGAUCGCUUUCUUAUUAUUGUCCAAAAGCAAGAUAAGAUAAGUCCACAGAGAGCGAAAAUACUAAUUUUGGUAACAUGGGGACUUGCUUUCAUUUUCUCCUUUCCUCUCGCAGUUGGUUCCCCUCGCCUACAAAUCCCUCCCAGAGCCCCUCAGUGUGUUUUUGGCUACAGCACUGAACCCGGUUACCACACCUAUGUGUUGAUAUUAAUGCUUGUCUUUUUCUUUAUACCUUUCAUGGUCAUGUUGUACACCUUCAUGGGGAUUUUGAACUCCAUCCGGCACAAUACGGCUCGCAUCCACAGUCAUCCGGACGGCAUGUGCCUGAGCCAGGCCAGCAAACUUGGCCUGUUGAGCCUCCAGAAGCCAUUCCAGAUGAACAUAGACAUGAGUUUUAAGACCCGUGCCUUUGCCACAAUCCUCAUUCUUUUUUCUGUGUUUACAGUGUGCUGGGCACCCUUCACCGCCUACAGUUUGGUGUCUACUUUCGACAAUGGGUUCUACCACAAAGACAGCUUUUUUCAAGUCAGCACGUGGGUGCUGUGGUUGUGCUAUCUAAAGUCGGCCCUCAACCCUCUCAUUUACUACUGGCGCAUCAAAAAGUUUCGCGACGCCUGUCGUGAUCUUAUACCAAAAUACUUUAAGUUUCUUCCUCAACUGCGAGGCAACACAAAGAGGCGCAUCCAACCAAGCGCAGUGUACAUUUGCGAUGGCCAUCGAUCUGUUGUUUAAAUGAAAUUGAAUUCCUUUGCGCUUGACAAAAAACCUCUCCAUCAAACAGUAAACUUUGAUCUGGAUUAGGGCUGCACAAAAAAAUAUUCACUGUACAAUGUCAUUUCUAAGCCUUUUUUUGUACUGCAUCACAAAAAACACUGCCAUUUAAUAUAAGGACUCGUUUGCAUGACGGUCGACAUUUUCUCCUCGUUCUUUCUGUCCCAGUGUGCCUGGUGGCCAGGACCAGUUGGUUCUGCUGCCGUGUUUCUCCCUGUUGCCUAGCAUCCAUUAAAUCAUCAGCUUGCAGAA